AUGAUUGAUCUUGUCGUGUUUGGUAAAACCACUUUUUCUUUCGUUGCAGCUUCAGCUCUGGUGUCAGGUGUCGCCAUUGCGUGCCACAGCCACAGCAUCAUGGUGAACAUCUCGACGAACUCUCAUUUUAACGGCAUGAUCUACCCCAAGGGGUUGUCCAAGAACUCCACCUGCAUGCAAGAGUACAAUGACCAAGGACCCUUCAUCACCUACACCUUGCCCCUGAGAUCUUGCAACACCAUGAGUACCGAUUUGGAGGAUGGCAUCGAGUACUUCAAUUCUGUCAUCAUCCAGCCGCAUCGCAAGCUCGUCACCAGCCAAGGACGGGUAUACCAAGUCAAGUGCAAGUACGAGACCCGAGAACAGACCCUCUUUUCGAACUUCAAUGUGAGUAUGAUGGGUACUACUCCUAUUCUAGCAACCGCUCCAAUGCCUGCCUGCUCCAUGAAAAUAUACUAUGGGAACCCAGAAGAAAGACAGGUAGCGGAAAGUGUCAAAAUAGGAGAUCGUUUGAGUUUAGUCAUCAGUAUCGAUUAUCAAGAUGUCUACGGUAUCAAGGUGACGAACUGCAUCGUACGAGACGGUCUCAAUUGGGGUGAACAACCGCUCAUCAAUAACGAAGGGUGUCCCGUAGAUGAAGAGAUCAUGGGCCCCUUCGAGUACACCCUGAACAACACUGAAGCCAUCGUUGCCUUCCAAGCACACAAGUUCCCUUACACCGCCUCCGUUUAUUACCAGUGCAAUGUCAAGUUGUGCUUAAAACACGGAGGAGAUUGUGGGGAUGUGCCGCCUAUAUGCGACAUUACUGGCCACAAUCUGCAGAGACGACGUCGAAGUGUGAACGAUCUCGAAGAGGAAGGCAGUUUACGGGCUCUGUUGGAAGAAGACGUCUUCAUCAAGGACCGCAGCAUCGAAGUGUACUCCGGUCUUUACGUUAGCGAAGAAGAAGAACAACAAACUAAUGAUGAUCCUGAAGAAUCUGACCAUUCAAAAAGCUCACCACUAACGGAUAGUGACCUGAUAUGCAUCUCUACUGAAAAAUUCAUUGCUGGGCUCGGCAUUGCAUGCUGCAUUGUGACAUUAGCAGUUGCAUCCUUAGUGUACAUCGUCAUCCGCAAACGUCGAAGGAGGAAGAGCGCAUCGUCUGCUUCUUCCAUUUAUUCUGGAACCGCCAACCCCUACAAUAUAUACGCCAGAGACUGAUCGUCCUGAAUAUAGUUGGAAAAGUUUUCGAUAAUAUACAAAACUAUACUUGAAAGUCUUCCUAAUUCAAUUUAUUCUAUUGGU